AUGAGUGAAGCGCAGCACAAGCCAUUGCGGAAGACGCUAUCCAUGGAGGCGCUUGCGGCGAAGAUCCCUUUGUUCCGCAAGAAGCGGGCCCGGGACAGUGGUGACGACGCCCAGCUGACGCUGACGGACGCUUCUGGAACCGCUCCCGAGCCGAAGCGGGCGAAGGUGGCUCAGCCCAAUUCGCCACAACAGGCGGAAUUCGACAAAAGAGAAAAGGAACUUGACGCCGAACUCCCGGAAGAGCUCCGCAAGUUUCGUCCUAAAGGGUACAAGUUCAAUUUGCCGCCUAAGGGUCGGCCGAUUCGCAUCUACGCCGAUGGCGUGUUUGACUUGUUCCACUUGGGCCACAUGAAGCAAUUGGAGCAGGCAAAGAAGGCGUUCCCCAACGUCCAGUUGGUGUGUGGCAUCCCACUGGAUACUGAGACCCAUAAGCGCAAGGGGCUCACGGUGCUUUCGGAUAAGGACCGGUGCGAGACGUUGAAGCACUGCCGGUGGGUGGACGAGGUCAUCCCCAACGCUCCGUGGUUCGUCACCCCGGAGUUCUUGGAAAAGCAUAACAUCGACUACGUUGCCCACGACGACUUGCCGUACGCGGCGGCGGAGGCUGACGACAUCUACGAACCGAUUAAGAAGCAGGGUAAGUUUUUGGCCACCCAGAGAACCGAGGGGAUUCUGACGUCGGACAUCAUCUCCAAGAUCAUCCGCGACUACGACAAGUACUUGAUGCGCAACUUUGCGCGUGGGGCAACCCGCAAAGAGCUUAACGUCAGUUGGCUCAAAAAGAACGAACUCGAUUUCAAGAAAAAUAUCCAGGAUUUCCGCGGCUACUGGACCAAGAACAAAAACAACUUGAACAAUGUUUCCAAGGACUUGUACGAGGAGAUCCGCGAGUACUUGCGCAACAAAACCAUGGACAUGCAGCAGCUCCUCUCCGAGGACUCGCGGCUGCCCCUCGAAAAGUUUGCUCAGAAAUACAUGGGCAACGCCAACAAGGACCUCAACUUCUUGAAGUGGAUCUCCGGUGACGGUACCAAUGACCUGGACGACGAAAUCUUGCCGAUUAAGAUCCCCGAAGUGCCGCAAACCCCCAAAAAGCUUCUGGCUAACGGUACUAUCGAGGUGACCCCAGUCACGUCGCCGGCCAAGGCGACGAAGACGCCGCUGAAGACGCCGCUGAAAACGCCGCUUAAAAACCUGGUCAAAUCGACUCCGGUCAAGGCGAUUUCAGCCAAGGGGACUCCUUCAAAGGCAACGCCGCAAAAGAUCCACACGCCCAAACUGGCCAUCAAAGUAGCGAAGCCAGUGUCGAAAACGCCGAAGAAGACCCCGAAAAAGACGGUGUAG